AUGGGAAGGAUGGAUCCAAGGAAGUGUAAGAAAUCAGAUGAUGAUGUAGUUGCAAUCAUCCAACGAUACAGUGAAAAAGCAAAUGCAUUCACAAUUGGUAAGAAGAACUUGAUCAUUACAACCAAUGACAUGACCUUGAUUUUUGGUUUGGGAGGUGGUAAAGGUGCCAUGUCAUUAAGAUACUCAAAGAACCCAAACAUGCCAUUCCUAAAGCGAAGAUUCCCAAAGGAAACGAGGCUCACUGGACCUGUUCUAAAGAAGACAAACAACCGUAAAUCCAGCGACAAAAAGACAAACAACCGUAAAUCCAGCGACAAAAAGACAAACAACCGUAAAUCCAGCGACAAAAAGACAAACAACCGUAAAUCCAGCGACAAAAAGACAAACAACCGUAAAUCCAGCGACAAAAAGACAAACAACCGUAAAUCCAGCGACAAAAAGACAAACAACCGUAAAUCCAGCGACAAAAAGACAAACAACCGUAAAUCCAGCGACAAAAAGACAAACAACCGUAAAUCCAGCGACAAAAAGACAAACAACCGUAAAUCCAGCGACAAAAAGACAAACAACCGUAAAUCCAGCGACAAAAAGACAAACAACCGUAAAUCCAGCGACAAAAAGACAAACAACCGUAAAUCCAGCGACAAAAAGACAAACAACCGUAAAUCCAGCGACAAAAAGACAAACAACCGUAAAUCCAGCGACAAAAAGACAAACAACCGUAAAUCCAGCGACAAAAAGACAAACAACCGUAAAUCCAGCGACAAAAAGACAAACAACCGUAAAUCCAGCGACAAAAAGACAAACAACCGUAAAUCCAGCGACAAAAAGACAAACAACCGUAAAUCCAGCGACAAAAAGACAAACAACCGUAAAUCCAGCGACAAAAAGACAAACAACCGUAAAUCCAGCGACAAAAAGACAAACAACCGUAAAUCCAGCGACAAAAAGACAAACAACCGUAAAUCCAGCGACAAAAAGACAAACAACCGUAAAUCCAGCGACAAAAAGACAAACAACCGUAAAUCCAGCGACAAAAAGACAAACAACCGUAAAUCCAGCGACAAAAAGACAAACAACCGUAAAUCCAGCGACAAAAAGACAAACAACCGUAAAUCCAGCGACAAAAAGACAAACAACCGUAAAUCCAGGUCCUAUAAUAAUUUCAAAUAG